ACGACAUACGAGUGCUAUUACCCAUUUUAUAACUAUCAGGUCAGAAACUCAGAGAGAGACAGAGAGAGAGAGAGAGAGAAAAACGAAAAAGAAAAAAUGGGUUUUGUUCUUCGAGUGAGAUUGGCAUCGUUCUUCACAGGAGCUGCAGUGGCGUCGUUUCUGGGGCUUUACAUUCUUCACAAUGAUUACAAGGUUGCCCAUGACUCCAUUUCCCAACAGGUGAAAGGCCUCACUGAGUCACUGGAUAGACGGAUUUCAGCAUUGGAAAAGUUGAAAGAAAAUGAAACUUCACAAAGCGUGGAGGCAACAGAAUAGGUGUAUUGAGGCCCGCUUUUGCAGUUUGAUGUUAUGGCUCCCAGCAUUAUUUUUCUUAGUAUGCAAAUGGUUGCAGAGUAGUUAACAUCCCGCCACCCCCUUUUUCUCCUCUCCCUCUCUUGAGGAAUAAUUACUUGUCUUUUGGCAUACUCGAUCUAAUUAAAAACUUGAGUUCUUGUGUUUGUAUUGGAUGAAAACUUCUGCUGAAUUUGAAUCGUGAUGUUCACGGCA